UGCCGUGGAGCCAGACGUGCAAUGGCGGCCGGCGGCGGAGGUUUUGGCGACCCCCUCUCCCGGGCCGGAAUCCCCUGUGCUUUCUCCCCCCACAGCCAGGCCUAUUUUGCUUUAGCCUCUACAGACGGCCACUUACGAGUAUGGGAGACCGGUAGCAAUCGUUUGCAUCAAGAAUACGUUCCUUCGGCGCACCUCACCGGUACCUGCACCUGCCUGGCUUGGGCGCCAGCGCGGGUACAGGCCAAGGAAGGUCCCCAGAGGAAAAAAAGGAAAUCCGAAGCUACAGAAACAAGUAACCAGAUUGACUUGUUGGCUCUUGGCACGGCAGUGGGCAGCAUUUUAUUAUACAGCACAGUAAAAGGAGAGUUACACAGUAAAUUAAUAAGCGGUGGACAUGAAAACAGAGUCAAUUGCAUACAGUGGCAUCAAGAUAAUGGCUGUUUAUAUAGUUGUUCAGAUGACAAGCAUAUUGUGGAGUGGAAUACACAGACCUGUAAAGUAAAGUGCAAAUGGAAAGGUGACAAUAGCAGCGUCAGUUCCCUGUGUAUCAGCCCAGACGGGAAGAUGUUACUUUCUGCUGGUCGAACAAUCAAAUUAUGGGUUUUGGAGACCAAAGAAGUCUACAGACACUUCACAGGACAUGCGACGCCAGUUUCAUCACUUAUGUUCACUACUAUCAGACCUCCUAAUGAGAGCCAGCCUUUUGAUGGAAUUACAGGCCUUUAUUUCUUAUCUGGAGCAGUACAUGACCGGUUACUUAAUGUCUGGCAGGUCCGAUCAGAGAACAAAGAAAAGAAUGCAGUCAUGUCUUUCACAGUUACAGAUGAACCUGUAUAUAUUGACCUGGCUUUAUCAGAAAACAAAGAUGAGCCUGUCAAAUUAGCUGUUGUUUGCAGAGAUGGUCAGGUUCAUCUUUUUGAACACAUAUUAAAUGGAUUCUGUAAAAAGCCUUUGACUUCAAACUGCACAAUUCAAAUAGCAGCACCUGGGAAAGGCAAGAAAUUGACACCAAAACCCAUCCCAGUUCUUGCAGCUGGCUUUUGCUCAGACAAGAUGUCAUUGUUACUUGUGUAUGGCAAUUGGUUUCAGCCCUCCAUUGAGCGAGUGGCUUUAAACUCCAAAGAACCUCAUAUGUGUUUAAUAAGAGAUAUUUCAAACUCCUGGGCCCCAAAAGUAGAAACUGCCAUAACAAAGGUGAGAACACCAGUGAUGAAUUCUGAGGCAAAAGUCCUGGUGCCUGGGAUUCCUGGGCAUCGUGCCCCUAGCAAGCCUGUUACUCCACAGACUGAGGAUUUAGAGACCAAGAGGAAAUUAGGGGGCAAUGAGGUCAGCAUUGAAGAACGCCUGGGAGCAAUGGAUAUAGAUUCAAAAAAAGAAAAAAAUAACCUUCCACAGACAAAUAGCUUUCCAGUUCUUCUCACCCAGGGUUUAGAAAGUAAUGAUUUUGAAAUGUUAAAUAAAGUACUUCAAACUAAGAAUACAAAUCUAAUAAAGAAGACUGUGUUAAGGAUGCCCCUCCAUGCUGUAAUUCCAUUGUUGCAAGAGCUUACAAAGAGGUUACAAGGACAUCCUAACAGUGCUGCUUUGAUGGUCCAGUGGCUAAAAUGUGUGCUAAUGGUUCAUGCAUCUUAUCUAUCCACUUUACCUGACCUGGUAUCUCAGCUGAGGACACUAUACCAGUUAAUGGACAGCAGAGUCAGAACUUUCCAGAAACUCUCCCACCUUCAUGGAAAGCUCAUUCUUCUAAUCACACAAGUGAAGUCUUCUGAAGAGGAGUCUGAUGAUGAAAUAGCAGAUAAGGAUUCUGAUGAUAAUUGGGAUGAAGAUGAGGAAGAGCAAGGAAGUGAGAAAGAUGAAGAUGCAGAUGAAGAAGAUAAUGAAGACGAAGAUGAAGAUGCUGAAGAAAAAGAGGAGGAGGAAAAUGGAGAGGACAGAGAUGGGACCAGUGACAAGGAAUUAAACGGAGAUUCUGAUUUGGACCCGGGAAACGAAAGUGAAGAAGAAUGA